AUGAGCUCGGCGAGUGGCCCCUGGACCCGGCGGAAGUUGCCUUGGGCGCGCAGCGAAGAUGCUGCUGGAGGCCUUGGAGCUGGAGAAGUCCGAGCCCACCCACCGGAGGCCGAAAAGCUCUGCAGCUCAGCAUCUGGACCUCCUCUCCCUCCCCCGGCUGCACCUCCGUCACCUCCCAAACCUGCGCCUCCGACUGCCGCGGCGAGCACGGCCGGUCUUCCGAGUGAAAGCCACAGGCUGCCCAAAGAGGGCCGGGAGCCCGUAGGCAGAGUGGCUCUCCCACUCACAGCACCAGAACGCGAUGUAGCGCCA